ACUGUCAACAUUGCAACUGUCAAAAUCUGCUCGGUUUUGGAAGCGAGGUGGUUUUAAAGGAUCUUGUCCCCACAUGCAGCUCUACACAGGUGGGAGUGUAAGCAAGGGGCGGGUCCUGGAAGGAAGAGAUCCAAAGUCUAAAGCCGUAAAGAUGUUCUGAUUUCCUCCUGUGACUCUGCUGAGGCAGCUCUGGAUGAGAAAGCGCAGCUGAAGCCCACAGCACAGGUCCCUGGGACAGCCAGGGUGCCCUGCCAGAGUCAGUGACUGCACAAGCUCCCAUGAUGAUUUCCAGCAGUGGCACCGGGGAAAUCUCUCAAUGGCAGGGCCUAGAACCUGCCCAGCCUGCACAGAAAGUGGCCCAGCCCAUGCAGAAAGGGACCAAGCCCCAGCAUCUGGCUCCAAAUGGGCACCUUGAGAAGCCCCUGGAGAGAAGUGUUCUUCUGCAGAAGCUGACUGUCUUUCACAUCGCUAUUGCUUUUGCACACCUGGCCUUUGGCGGUUACCUGCUCUCCACAGUUAAGAAUCUGCACUUGGUGGUGUUGAAAUGCUGGUAUCCACUCUGGGGAGCUGUCUCUUUUCUCAUUUCAGGGAUCUUGGCAAUGACAACAAGGACAUUUCCCAAGACCUCUAUGAAGAUACUGUGCGUGACAGGAAACGUCAUCAGCUUCUUGUGUGCACUGGCAGGCCUCUUUGUCAUUGCCAAGGACCUCUUUCUGGAGAGUCCUUUUCUAUGGCCAAUCUGGAGACCAUACCCCAACGACACAGUCUAUAUCCAGAGACUGGAGCUGACCCUGCUCUGCUUCACCUUCCUGGAGAUCUUCCUGACAGGAUCCACAGCCGUCAUAGCCUGUAGGACAGAACGUCUGCAUGCCGAGGUGAGGCCUUCCUGGAGACAAACCCUCAAGACAUGGGGACGUUGGGCAGCAGAGAGCUCAGAAGGGACAGACAGCAGGCAGGGCUCACAGACUGAGUACUUAGGAGAUAUCGGGUCCUCUGUGGAACACUGCAUUCGUAUCCAUAUAAUUGACAUAGCCAUAGUGACACAUAUAAACGUAGCUUUACUUCAUCUUCUCAUCAUCCUUUCAGGCAAGUGUGUGUGUCCCACUAUACAGAUAAGUAAACUGAGACUUAGAGAACGCACACCACCUUCUAAAGCUAGACCCAGCCCAGCCCACGUUGGGAAUCCUAGCUGUGGGGGCUACUUGCUCAUGGUCAACGGGACACUGGAGGUAGAACUCUAACUCAAACCCCACCAACUAACCCCAUGGAUCUUUCUUGAUUAAUGUUAGAGAGACAGUAGUCACACAUAGGCCUCUGGAAGUUCCCUCAUCAAGCCUCAUGUGGACUUUGUGACUUCCAAAGUGAUUCUGCCAAGACACACUUCGUAAAUAGCUAAUCAUACAUGUGCUAGGCCAAUGGGGACAGUGAUUUCUCUUUGGCAGGAUAAGGAUGACACCCCUCUCGUUCCUGACGCACCUAUGGAACUUGAAGGUCUCUCGAUGGGGCCACCACCAACCUAUGAAGAUGUGGCUCAAGGUAACACACAAAUGAGCAAAC